UUCGCUGCUACUCGAGACUUUGGACGACGCGGAUUCGGGGGCUUUGGCUUAAUCCCAUUUUUAUUGUUGGUGGCGAAGGAGCUGUUUGAAUGCUACAAGCUGCUGCGAAGGCGUUUUGUUCUCUGCUGCUGAUCCUGCCUCCUCAAAGCCGAAGCGCGGGCGGCAGGCAGGCGGCCACGCAGCUCUCAGUUGCCGCAGGAAAGGGCUUUUCUUAGUCGGCGUGCGAAGGGGCGCACUUUGAAAACUAAAGAAUGGCUGGAUUUCCCUGGGAAGGCAAGCGGGGUGGAUUUAAAGUCCUAGUGGCGACGCUUUCCGUGGCCUUGGUUUAUUCCUAUAACAUCGAUCUGGAUCAUCCCGUGAUUUAUCAAGGACCCAAUAACUCUUUCUUCGGAUACUCGGUGCUGGAGCAUUACUACGACAAUACCCGAUGGGUCUUGGUUGGAGCCCCAAAGGCAGAUUCUAAGUACAGUGCUUCUCUUAAGUCCCCAGGAGCUGUAUUCAAAUGUCGGGUUCACACUAACCCUGAUAGGAGGUGCACAGAACUGGAUAUGGGUCGAGCUAAUGUUCGAGGAACGUUCUGUGGAAAGACAUGUAAAGAAGAUAGAGAUGAUGAAUGGAUGGGUGUCAGUCUGGCAAGACAGCCAAUGGUUGGAGGAAGUAUAUUGGCCUGUGCCCAUCGCUGGAAAAAUGUCUACUAUGAAACUGAGUACAUCCUUCCUCAUGGUUUUUGCAAUAUCAUCCCUCCCAACCUUGGGUUGAAUGGUAAAAAAUUAAUGCCUUGCUAUGAAGAAUAUAAGAAAAAAUAUGGUGAAGAGCAUGGCUCAUGUCAGGCUGGAAUAGCAGGUUUCUUCACAGAGGAGUUGGUUAUCAUGGGAGCUCCAGGGUCUUACUAUUGGACAGGAACGAUCAAAGUAUUGAAUCUCACUGAUAAUACAUAUUUCAAAUUGAAAGAUGAAUCUGUGAUAGCCAAGCGUUACAUAUAUCUAGGAUAUGCAGUGGCAGCAGGUCACUUCUCUCAGCUGAUGACCAUGGACGUCGUUGGAGGAGCUCCCCAGGAUGGAGGCGUUGGAAAGGUGUACAUAUUCCGCACAGAUAAGAAUUCUGGCUCUUUGAUCAAAAUUUUUCAGGCUUCUGGUAAAAAGAUGGGCUCUUACUUUGGCUCCUCCUUAUGUGCAGUUGAUCUGAAUUCUGAUGGACUUUCAGACCUGCUGGUGGGAGCACCCAUGUUUUCUGAGAUUCGGGAUGAAGGUCAAGUCACCGUUUUCCUCAGCAGAGGAAAUGGAGUUAUGGAAGAGCAAUGUGUUCUGAAUGGAGAUAACGUUUACAAUGCACACUUUGGGGAAAGCAUGGCAUCCCUUGGGAACAUUGAUGAUGAUGGAUUUCCAGAUGUUGCCAUUGGUGCUCCUAAAGAAGAUGACUAUGCAGGAGCAGUAUAUAUUUAUCAUGGAUACAUUGGGGGCAUCAUUCCUCGAUAUUCCAUGAGGAUAUCUGGAAGGAAAUUAAAUCCCUGGUUGCAAAUGUUUGGCCAGUCCAUUUCUGGAGGAGUUGAUAUGGAUGGAAAUGAUUAUCCAGAUGUGACAAUUGGUGCCUUUAUGUCAAACAAUGUAGUUCUUCUAAGAUCACGGCCUGUCAUUACCUUGGAUAUUUCAAUUUUCCUGCCAGCAUCCAUUGACAUCACAGCUCCUCAGUGUCAUGAUGGUUUACAAGAAGUGAAUUGUCUAAAUGUCACUGCCUGCUUUAGUUUCAAAGGCAAACAUGUUCCAGGACUGAUAGAUUUGAAUUAUAAUUUGACAUCUGAUGUGGCAAAGAAAGAAAAAGGAUACCCAAUCAGGGUUUACUUCAUCUCUUCUGGAGAAGCAACGGGCCAGAUCACAGAACAAGUGCAGCUUUCCUAUAUGCAGAAACAAUGCACAAACUACCUAGCUUUUGUAAAGAGAAGAGUCAAAGAUGUGAUAUCACCAAUUGUCUUUGAAGUUACAUAUAGCCUUGGGGAACAUAUUGUGGAAAAGGAGGAAAAAGAAUUACCUGCGCUCAAGCCUGUACUCCGAUGGAAAGGAGGCCAGAAAAUUUCACAGAAAAACCAGACUAUUUUUGAAAGAAAUUGUCAGUCAGAUGACUGUGCUGCUGACCUGAAACUCCAGUGUAAACUCUUCCUAUCUAGUGUUGAUAACAGGGCUCCUUAUCUGGCUUUGGGAGCUGUGAAGAACAUCUCGCUGAACGUCACCAUUGCUAACAUUGGGGAUGAUGCUUAUGACACAAACAUCGCUUUCAACUUUUCCAGAGAGCUUUUCUUUAUCAAAAUGUGGCAAAAGGAUGAGAUGGGUAUUGCUUGUGAAGUGCUGGAACAGGACUCAGACUUCCUUAAGUGCAGUGUGGGCUUUCCCUUCAUGAAAUCUAAAUCCAAGUAUGAAUUCAGUGUUAUUUUUGACACAAGCCAUUUGUCCGGGGAAGAAGAAAUUCUUUCAUUCCUUGUAUCUGCUCAGAGUGGGAACAUGGAACACAAUCUUCAAGACAAUUCUGUCAUGUUGACAAUUCCCCUGAUGCAUGAAGUGGAUUCAUCCAUCACUGGAACAGUGUCCCCUAGUUCUUUUAUUUAUGGCGAAUCAGUGGCGGCAUCUCAGUUUACAAAGCUGGAAGAUUUUGAAUGCCAUUUUCAGGACUUAAAUUUUACUCUUCAGGUCUAUAAUGCUGGGCCAAGUACCCUUCCAGGAUCUUUCGUUGACAUUUCAAUUCCCAAUCGUCUCUCAACUAAUGGAGAUGAUAUGUUUCAUAUUCGACAGAUGAUGGUUGCUCAGGACAAAGGGAACUGCUCUUUUCAGAAUAACUCAACACCAUGUGUCAUUCCUCAGGAAAAGGAGAACAUUUUUCACACAAUAUUUGCCUUUUUUACCAAGUCUGGGAGGAAAGUGCUGGAUUGUGAAAGACCAGGCUGCUUAAUUAUAAGGUGUAAUUUAAGUUCGCUAGCAAAAGCUGAAUCACGUAGCAUAGAUGUGCAAAUGCUUUUGAAUACAGAGAUAUUAAAGAAGGAUACCUCAUCAGUGAUUCAGUUUGUAACACGAGCAAAAGUGAGAGUGGACCCAAGCAACCGGGCAAUUGAAGUACCUAAUGCGAAUUCUGAACAUGCAACAGUGGUCUUUGAGGCCUUGCAUAAUCUGGAGGCUCGUGGUUAUGUAGUUGGAUGGAUCAUCGCUAUCAGUUUACUGGUGGGAAUUCUCAUCUUCCUGUUAUUGGCUGUACUGCUAUGGAAGAUGGGCUUCUUUCGCAGAAAAUACAAAGAAAUCAUUGAGGCUGAGAAGAAUAGACAAGAGAAUGAAGAUAGUUGGGACUGGGUCCAGAAAAUCCAAUGAAUUAUAUUGGGGGUAAGGAAACAUUAAAAUCCUGGCCAUGUGGUACACAGUUGUUCCCUAUUGGUCCUGUUCUUGUAUCUUCCAUAUAUGGAAGAAGGAAUCUUCUCCAGAUUUUCCGGAGGCCCCAUUGAUUCAUCAUCUUACAGUAGGGAAAGUAUCACUGCAGACUUUGUCAGGUGACUGAAGCAAUUUAUGCAUCUUGGAAGAAAUGAACUUCGAUAAUUAAACUGCAGUGCAGAUCAAUUUAUGAAUCCAACAUAUAUGUGGUAUACC